CAAAAGCGGGAGGCGUCUUCUCCUCUCCUCGAUGAAAUGUUGCGAGGAGUGAACUUUUAGAAGGAAACCCUAACACUAGGGUCGCAGAUUCACAGUACUGAUAAAUGGCGCCACCGUGCCACCGCGCGCGGUCGAGCGAGCCGGCGGCGGAUCUGCUGACCUCCCUCCCGCCGCCCCUGCUCGACUGCAUCCUCACCCGUCUCGACCUCCGUGACGCCGUCCGCACCUCCGCCCUCUCUCGCGCCUGGCGCCGCCGGUGGGAGGCCCUCCCCUCCAUCUCCCUCUCCUUCCUCGACAAGCGUGGCACACCCCCGGUGGCUGUCGACCGCCUUCUUGUUCGGUACCCCGGCCACAUCUCGCAUUUCUCCUUCUAUCUCGACGAGCACUCCUUAACCCGCGUCGCCGACUGGCUCAUCGCCCUCUACAACCGCGCCGUCAAGUCUAUUAACCUCCAAUGCGCUCCCUACCUCCCCGACUUCAACCUCCACUCCUCUGUCUUCUUAUGCACCCAACUCGUGUACCUGGAGCUGCACCAAUGCUGCAUACCACCUCUCCCAGUGGGAUUCACUAGUUUCCCUGUGCUUGAGGAGCUAAAACUAGACUUAGCCAGAUUCCCCGAGAAUGGGGAGAGCCUGCUGGAAGCAAUUCUUGGUGCGUCACCCUUGCUUAAUACCCUAAAUCUGUCAUUUCUGAGUAUCCGCGGUGAUGGCUCAAACGAGUGGGUGAUUGGGGGACCAAGCCUGCGGAGCCUUACGAUAAAUUGUAUGGAUUAUUAUGGCUGGCGAAUUGCGGAUCUGCCAUGCCUUGAUGAAGCCAGCAUCGAUUUGGUUAACUAUGUGAGGUCUGGCGAUUUCGAAGGAUUCAUUGCCAGGUUUGCUCCAGUUAGGAAGCUCAGUCUCCAUACAAGCUACCCACUGCCACCGCUAACCAACGGUCAUUUGAUGGAAACACUUCCAUGUACCUUUAACAACUUAAAGAGUUUAAUCCUCUGGACACACUUCUGUGAGACGCCUGCCAUUCUGUCAACCUUUUGCUUACUAAUGAAUGCUCCUAAUCUAGAAGAACUUGAAAUCACGAUCGACCGUGGUGACGUGGAUGGAAUUGAAGCAAAUGCAGUGUAUCAAGAUACACAACUGACUGAUGCCUUUUGUGCCAACCUUCGGGUUGUGAAAAUAUAUGACAUUGGCUGGUUGUCAAAUGAAAUGUGUUUUAUCGAGCUCGUUUUAUCGAAAGCAAAAGUUCUUCGCACAAUGCAUCUUAGACUUGGUUGCUUAAGCUCAAAGUUUAACGAGGAUGCUCUACGUGAACUAAUGACAUACAGAAGGGCUUCACCUCAUGCUCAAGUCUUCUUUAAUGGUGAGAUCGAAUAAAUUGUUAGGUGGAGACAGUAUCUUUUGUGUCUUGCUGGGAAUGGGCGCAUACAAUUAGGUGGCUCACUUGCACAAGAUGGUGUAACACCUCUUUUGACCUUCUCUAACUACGGACCCUUGGAGGCUAGAUAUGCAUCGUGAAGAAAAUAGCUCCUGGCAGGAGCAACUAUAAUGCUCUGUUUUGGUUAUAAGUAAUCCUUGUACGAGUGAACGGCCUGCAACAAUCUCCUUGGAAAAACCUCUUAUUAUGUAUUGUUUCAAAUUUCUGAGAACUUACAGGUUGCUAUUGGAUCACUA